AUGUCCUUUGCGUCUCCUUCAACGGGGACACACAAACACAACAUCUUACCGUCUAGAUCGGAGAUCCUCAUGAAUUCUUCCAGCUUUAGAGGACGCAACGAUUCAGUCAUCGAAAGAGCUCAGGAUGAACCCCAACCAGGAUACUGUUGCGGCUGCACAUCGAUGAUUAACCGGGUGCCUAUAAUCUCGAAGGCCGUCAUUGUCUGCAUUCACUACUUCAACACUCGUGGCCAACUUCGAUCUCACAACGCCAGCGGCAUAGCUGCCUUUUUGCAACAAGUUUAUGGCUGCCCUCCUGAGAACAUCAUCAUACUAUCCGACAUGUACUUUCGACCGACAAGUCAGCCCACCAAGCGUGCGAUUCUACAAUCAAUACACUGGCUCUUUUCGGGAUCCGUACCCGGAGAUCGUCUGUUCUUUUACUCCAGCGUGCGCAGUCAGUCGCAAGCUGGUUCGACCACAGGCAUCUCGGAUAUGACGGCGGAUGACGGGCAGGCCGAUGAUCUACACUCCGUCAUGGCGACUGUGCUCCACAGUCCAUUGUGGAAAGAUGAUGUUUACAAGGUGGUCACAUUCCCGAGUCCCCAGCCUCGAUGCUGCGAAUAG